AUGGAUGUAUGUGGUGCCAAGGAGCUGGCGAUCCUAUUGGAGCCCAGUGACGUCAUCGCUGUGCGGGAUCGGCCGCUGAUGCUGGACUGCCGGGUAGAGGGCGAGGGUCCCAUCUCGAUCACGUGGCGCAAGAACGGGGUGCCCGUAGUUGUGGGGGAGCGUGUACAGGUGCUGCCCAAUGGGACCCUCUUCAUCCAGAGCUUCCAGAAACGACUAGACAGAGUCGGAAGUGAGACGGAUGUUGGAGAUUACGACUGCGCCGCUCAGAACCGCUUUGGCAUGCUGGUCAGCCGCAAGGCCCGUGUUCAGCUGGCAUCCCUCCCUAAGUUCCACAUACACCCAGAGUCCAUGUCAGUGGACGAUGGCGGUGUGGCUCGCUUCAAGUGCCAGGUCAAUAGUGUGCCCGAGGCAAACAUCACUUGGGAAAGGGACAGAACCCCACUCAGUACUACCGACAACAGGUACACGCUCCUGCCAAUGGGUAUCCUCCAGGUGACUGGUGUGAGGCGGAUUGACGCCGGGGUGUACCGUUGUAUGGCCUCCAACAUCGCCAACACACGUUUCAGCCAUGAGGCUGUGCUCAAUGUAACCGGUGAGGCUUCCAGGAUCUACAAGGAGCCAGUUAUCCUCUCUGGGCCCCAGAACCUGACCAUCACCGUCCACCAGACAGCCAUUUUGGAGUGCAUUGCCACAGGGAACCCCCGGCCCAUUGUGUCCUGGAGCAGGCUGGAUGGGCGGUCCAUCGGGGUGGAGGGCAUCCAAGUGUUGGGCACUGGAAACCUGAUGAUCUCGGACGUGUCGCUGCAGCACUCGGGGGUGUACGUGUGCGCCGCCAACCGCCCCGGGACCAGGAUGAGGCGUACUGCACUGGGAAGACUGGUGGUGCAAGCUCCCCCUGAGUUCAUGCAGUGGCCGCAGUCUGUCUCAAAACCAGCGGGAGGCAGUGCUGUGUUCACCUGUGUGGCCCAGGGCGUCCCCGAGCCUCACCUCAUCUGGCUGAAGAAUGGCAAGAUCCUGAUGCCCGGUGACAAUGUCAAGCUCACCAACAACAACAGCACCCUGGCCGUGACGCGCAUCACCUCGGAGGACGAGGCCAUCUACCAGUGCAUCGCUGAGAACAUGGCCGGCACCAACCAGGCUAGCGCCCGUCUGGCCGUGUCCCUGGCUAAGGAUCUGCCCGACUCCCCCCAGGGCCUCACGGCCACCGCCCUCUCCCCCAGCGCCCUGCAGCUCGCUUGGAUCCAGCCUCCCGUAGAGAUCACCGACGGCAUCAUCGGCUAUGUGCUCCACAUCCGCAAGAUCAGCGAGCCAGACAGUAGAGAGCUGCAGGAGGCAGUCAGUAAAACUACCUUCCAGCAUGACUUCACCAACCUGGAGCCAGCAACCACCUACUCCAUCUACCUCAAGGCCUACUCCCCACUGGGCGCCAGCCAGCAGUCCAGCACUGUGGUCGCCACAACACUAGGGGGCGUGCCCUCUCCCCCUACCUUCUUCACCAAGGUGGUGAACUCCACUGCAGUCCAGGUGCUAUGGGAGCUCCCCAGCAAGCCUGGCAAGGCAGAGGGCUUCAGGCUCACCUACCGCAGGGUCCCCCAUGCCGACUUCCAGGGGCCAGUUCAGUUCCCUUGCCACGUCAAUGCCCACACCAUCUCCCGCCUUGAAACCGGCGCGGUGUAUGAAGUCAAACUAGUGGCCUAUAAUGGGAACGGCGAGAGCGACUGCUCCAAGAGGCUGGUGUCACUGGCAGAAGAAGGCACCAGUGCCAAAACCAGUGGUGGGGAGAACCAGUGUACCUGUAGACAGGAGAGCGAGGGCUCGAUGGGUGGUAUAGUGGUGGGCAUUCAUAUCGGCAUGGCCUGCAUCAUCUUCUGUGUACUCUUCCUCAUGUUUGGAUACCGUCACAGUUUGUUCUGCAGUAAAGGGACUCAGUACAGCUGGUCUGUUCCAAGAGGGGAGGACCGGGGACAGCUGGGACAAAACGGGAUCCCCAAAGAGGGGGUCACUCGUCCUGUAGAAGUCACCCUGGAGUUAGUGCCUCAGAGUCAUGACUCCACCUGUCAUGGAGGGGCGCCGGUGCGUCCGGCCCAAUGCCAGGUCCUCAUCGAGCAGCACUCGUUUGGUCUGCCUGGCAUGGGCACAGGCUAACAUUGGCCAAUAGCCCCCCAAACCCUUCUUUACCAACCCUUACCUACCCUCCAUCCCAACGGUUUGCCUCUUGAUGGAUACUCCACCUCGCCUGCCCAACCAAAUCCCCAUCCACACGCCACCCUAGUGUACUGUGAUGCCAGGGGUCCGCCAUAGUUCUAUCCAUCCCCCAAAAACCUGCUGCUGCUAACAAAAAAAGGCUCCAUGUUUCCACUGUACUCUCUCGCCUUCCCUCCUCUUAAACCAAAGUCUGUUCUGUGUACAUGCACAUGUGAAUUCAGAACGCUAGCCUUGAGAAAUGCCUCCUCCUACAGAUGCCGUCCUAUUAUGUUGGGCUUUCUUAUCUUGCCAAGGGGAGCAGAUAUAACCAAAAUGUUCUGUUUCAAUGACGUCCCCUUGGUAAAAGUACAUGCAUUCGCACUGUGCUUAUAAGGCCCCAGCUGAUGCCAAAUAUAAUGACUUACUGGGGCCUUUUAGGAUCUCUAUAUACGUUCCGGUCCACUUAGGAAAUCUUUGCACUAAGUGUACUAAACUCCACUGAGAAUUCCUGCUAACUUCUUGUCAGAGGGAACAUUCAAUUUUUGUUUGCCUUUAAUUAGCCUUAGCUCUGCAAUACUUAACAGACACAAAUGACGACGCGGCCUUGCUAAUAGCCUUAUUGAGUUGUAUCGUCUUUAUCACCAUUACUAGCCUCAAUGUCCGGAGGAACCAUAAAAGGCAACCACAACCCUCCCCCACCUUUACCCAAACCACUCUAACCAAAAUCUACCUCCAAAGAUAGCUACCUCCGUCUGAUGUGACUGUCCGAGUAACAGUUGAGGCUAACAUUAGCCUGCUGGAUGCUGCUUGAGCAAGCCUACCUCAGAACCCCAAAAUAAAUCCUAUACCCUUGAUCCCCCCUUCCCCCUCACUUUUUGUGCCAAUGCCAGAGUCCCGUGCCAGCCACCGCCAGCGCCCCGCAUCAGGGUGCCCACCUGGAUGACUGCCAUGGAGAGCCAAACUGUGGCAGUGUCUGAGCGUUACCAUCACCACACCCUGUCCACUUGCCUUAGCCAAACCCACUCCAUCCUUUGUCAGGAGCACAAGCCUUUGUCCUUACCAGGGACCUCCCGAGACAGAACUCCGUCCGGUUCGAAGCCUGAGGGGGUCCAACAGGUUUGGUAAUUUUACGUCAAUUUCCUUCAAGAUGCAGGCAUGCCUUCUUAAUUGUUUGGUGAUCAUACCUGCGACAACACCUCCUAUGUUGUGCGAAUGUCCAUCUCCAAAGAUGUAUUUGUGAUUGGUUGGUACCUUAUGGAAAACAUGGACCUGAAAGAAUGUAUCUACGAUCCUUUGCCCCGUUAUGAAAGGAAAUUAGAUAUGCUCUGGCCUUUUUCAGAGUCCUCCAAAAAAACAAGAGGUGGUCAUCCUUAAAAAAGGUUAAAGUCACUUGCUUGUUUUGUCCACACAAACCCGAUGGAAUUUCGAAAGGUCUCCGACCCAAAGCCAAACCGGUGAUUGUUCUAGGCCAUACUGAUUGGUUGGCUCUCCAGAUGCCAAAUCGGUUGCCAUGGGAACUUGUGGGUGCUUUGAGCCGACGGCUGAAAAUGUUGUUUCCAGGGAGUUUAACGGAGAUACUGACCUGGAACGCAUGGACAUGGCACUAGUUUCCACUGUAGAACACCUCGUCAGCCUAUCCCAAAAAGUUUUUAUAUGAAAACCAAGCUGAAUGAUGUCCAAAGAUGUACAAUUUGUAAUGGUUUUGUUUUUUCCCUUCAUAACCUUCUUUUAAGAGAUAAACUACGCCAUUGUUUUCAGAUUUUUGUUGUUCCUGUAUUAAGGGGUAGCCAGUAUGAAGAGUGCUUUAACUGAACCUAAGCCAAAAACAUUAUUUUUGUUUUAAUUGCCAUUAUAGGAUACGUGAGUUAGCCUUGUUUAAUAGAAGCAAGUCCAUUUGUAUGGAUUUCUUGGCUUGCCCCUUUUGACAUGGAACUAUCACAUUUUGUUGAAUAUAACUUUUAACCUUUAAAGAGUAACCAAAUGAAAAUGGGAUAUAUUUUCAAGGAGAUGUUCUAUGUUGAUACAAAAAGGAGUACUUACUUUCUCUUUCUAAUAGUAGAGUUGAAAUUGCCAAAUAACUAGCUGUCUUAUGAAAAAUACUAUUGUGACCAAAUACCUUUUACAUAUUUUAACAUUCAUAGUCUUUACCUUUGAUGACAUUUACUCAUGACCAAAGCACAGGACCAUCCGUGUAUGUAUGACAGUAUGUAUGUAUAUGUGUGUACUCUGUGACAGUUCGUGAACCUUGAGGGCAAAAUAUGCCAACAGGAAUCAUCUAAAACAGCUUUAAAUUGUUAACAGAAGAUAACGGGAUAAACCAAAGAACAUAACUAUUUUAGGUCUAAGUAUCAGACAAGUGCUUGUUACUCGCACUUGGUUGACAUGUAACUGAACUGUUAUUAAAGUCUUUACCAGGGUAUAUUGGUACAAAAUAAAAACUGUUGUAUAGGCCCACAGUGGCUCCCAUAUUCCAAGGAAAAGGACCAAAAGUGGUGGUUUCCUAAUAAAGCUCUACAGUCCUCAAGGUUCAUGUCAAACCCCUAAUGAGUGUUAAAGGUUUAGCAAAGACACUGCAGUAUAAAAGUCUGACAAAGACUUUGAAUCCCGGUCUCGUUUCUUAUUUUAUCAUUGAAAGGGGUGAAACAAAUGUGAUAUCAAAAGAAAAAAAAGUGUUGUGAUCUGGGAGAUGUUUUUAACUAUUUUUAUUUGUUAGUUUGAAGCCAUUUAGCGGCAGAACUAGAUUUCUCAUUAAUACAAAUCUUUGCUGGUUCUUCUUUUAAAAAUGUAUUUAUCCUCAACAUUUUGUUCUUACUGCUGUAGACAGGAAAAGUUACCAAAACUGAGACUUUAUGUGAUUUUUUUUAAUUUUUUUCCCGUAACCCCCUAUUUCCCAUUUUUUGGUUUGUAGAAAUGUAAGGAUGAUGUAAAACAAUUUGUUAGAAAUUAGAGAAAAACAUGGACACGUGUUGGGUUUUGGGCAAGGUGGGAUUUUGGUGAGAAAACAUAAUACUUUAAAGAUAACGUGUACCCUAACAGAGCAUUUAAACAAAUUCAAGUUUUUCUUGGCAUCAAAGCCUUACAAGUGAUACUCAUCUGCCCACAAGGCCCAUCAGAUAGAAACAAAUUAAAACAAAUGUAGAGAACUAGAAACUGAUUGCUAGGACCAAUGAGAAAAAACAAUGCUUUAAAGUUGAUUUAUUUUGCUUUCUGAAACCAUACCUCUGAUGAGUGUAUAAUAUGAAACUGUAAUAUGACACUGUUUAGAGAAGAGGAUGUGUCCUUGUCUCAGGGCCAAAAAAGAAAGUAAGUGACUAACAAUGUGUUUGAAAGCUGUAGCCAUAGACGGAGACCAAGCUGUCUGAUUUUCUGCAUGUGUUUGUAUUGAUAAUUUCACAGGCCGUGUGGUACAAAAAGCAACCUUCAUUACAGAUGUAUUUAAUUAUUUCCCGACACAGAAUUACAUAAAUUAACUCAAGAAUGCCGUGCUUCUGUCACCAUAUUCACACAGACGUUUAAUUAAUUGAGCUGUCUGGCUCAUUAUCUCUUAACCUUGUAAAAUAGAACAAGUCGGCCAUCUUGGUGACACAAUGUUUUCUUGAGACUAUUUAGUGCAUAGCACUCAAGAAAAAACCCAUACACAAGUUUCACACACUAUUGUACUCACUCAGGCACUAUUACAGUGCUGCUGCUUUACCCUCAUUGGUAUUCUGGUCAUCCAUGGUGGUGUCCAGGAGCUCAAUUGCCCGAUACAUUUUAAGAGACAUAAGAGUGUGUCAACUCUUGCUCAUUCAUUCUAAGGCUGCUGUCUACUCGCACACAUAGUUGAAAUAUGAAAGCUCCUGUUUUUCCUCCUCUUCCCCCUGGUAGGUUACAACUGGAUAGAAGUCUUGCUAGAUUCUAUUUUCUCAGGGUUAAACUCAUACAUUUCUAUACAAAAAAUCUUUGGAAUUAUCACAUGGGAUAAUACAGCUUAGUCUCUACAUAUGGUGAUGUAUUUGUUUAAAAGGCUUUUAAUAUGUCUGUACCUCUACUCUUUUCUUCCAUGCUCAGAUUCCAUUGCCUAAACCAAAUAAACCUA